CUGGACAUCACCACCACCGAGCUGGCGGAUACGGUGUGCGGCGGCGUGUUCGACGCCGGCCCCGAGCGCUGCCUGGCCGCGUCCCGCGCCGGUGUUCCGGCGGUGGUGGUGCCCGGCUGCGUGGACAUGGCCAACUUCGGCGGCCCCGGCACCGUGCCGGCGCACUACCGCGACCGCCAGUUGUACGAGUGGAAUCCGGACGUCACCCUGCUGCGCACCAACGUGGCCGAGAACCGCCGCAUCGGCGAGAUGAUCGCCGCCGCCGUCAACGAGGCCACCGCGCCGGUAAAGGUGCUGGUGCCGCUGCGCGGCGUAUCGAUGCUGGACAGCGACGGCGAGCGGUUCUGGGACCCGGAGGCGGACGCCGCCUGCUUCGACGCCAUCCGCAGCAACCUGCGCGCCGACAUCCCGUUCCUGGAGGCGGACCACAACAUCAACGACCCGGAGUUUCCGCGCGGGCGGCAAACCUGCUGCUGGAGCUGCUGGCAUGACCGGCAUUCCUCGGCAGGAAAUCGUGCGCCGGCUGCGCGCCCAGUCCGCGGCCUGUACGACGGUGCUGUAGAUGUUGGCAUGCAUACCGCAUUCCUCGCAGGAAAUCGUGCGCCGGCUGCGCGCACAAUCGGCGACCGGUACGCCGGUGCAGGAGAUGUUGGCGUGAUCGGCAUUCCUCGGCAGGAAAUCGUGCGCCGGCUGCGCGCACAAUCGGCGUCCGGUACGCCGGUGGUGGGGUGCGGCGCCGGCACCGGCAUCUCCGCGAAGCUCGCCGAGGCGGGCGGCGCGGACCUGAUCAUCAUCUACAACUCGGGCCGCUACCGCAUGGCCGGGCGCGGCUCACUGGCCGGGAUGAUGCCGUACGGCGACGCCAACGGCAUCGUGGUCGACAUGGCGUCGGAAGUGCUGCCGGUGGUCAAGGACACGCCGGUGCUUGCCGGCGUGUGCGGCACCGAUCCGUCGGCUGAUGCCGGUAUUCCUCGCGCAGCUCAAGGAGAUCGGCUUCUCGGGGGUGCAGAACUUCCCCACCGUGGGCCUGAUCGACGGCGAGUUCCGCCCAACCUGGAAGCCACCGGCAUGGGCUACGACAAGGAGAUCGAGGCGAUCCGGCUGGCGCACGAGAUCGACCUGUUCACCUCGCCCUACGUGUUCGACGAGCACAGGCCGCGGCGAUGGCCGAAGCGGGCGCCGACCAGCUCGUCGCCCAUGUCGGCCUGA